GAAGACAAUCCCAAGACGUGUCUUAUUUUUGAACAGGAUGGGCAAAGACAGUUUCCAUGUGGGCAAGGAGAAGCAGGCUUUGCUUUCUAACCGAUGGUAAAGAAUUAAUUUGGUUAUCGAUUGAUGUCCCCUCUUCCCUACGCUUUUCUUGUGGCCGGUCGGCAUACCAACAUAACACGCGCCCGCCGCCCAAGGGACAGGGGCCCGCCGCGUCGGUCGCGGGCGGCGGUGGCGGGUUCUUCUGCUGCUACCUGCUCCGGUCCCUGUGCCCGCGCAGCAAGAGCCGCACCUACAUCGGCUUCACGGUGAACCCGCGGCGGCGGAUCCGCCAGCACAACGGCGAGAUCGCCAGCGGCGCCUGGCGGACCCGCCGCGGCCGGCCGUGGGAGAUGGUGCUCUGCAUCUACGGCUUCCCCUCCAACGUCGCCGCGCUCCAGUUCGAGUGGGCAUGGCAGCACCCCAUAGAGUCCCUCGCCGUGCGCAAGGCCGCCGCCGAGUUCAAGUCGCUCGGCGGCAUCGGGAACAAGGUCAACCUCGCCUACACCAUGCUCAACCUCCCCUCAUGGGAAAACUUGAACCUGACGGUGAAUUUCUUCUCCUCGAAGAACACCAAGUUCACCGCCGGCUGCCCGUCGCUGCCGAGCCAGAUGAAGACUGUCGUCUGCGCGAUGGAGGAUCUGCAGUGCAACACCGAGGGUCCCUCGUCUGAGGACGACGACUUCAGCCAGGAGCCUCAAGACCGGCAAGAGGACGGCUUCAGCCAUGAGCCUCAAGAAAGGCAAGAGGAGGACGGCUUCAGCCAGGAGCCUCAAGACCGGCAAGAACUGUCUGAUUCGCCUCUCCAAGACGAACGCUCUGAACAUUAUUGGCAGCAAACGUCCACUGAUCAAGAUGAACACACUGCAUACUGUUGGCAGCAACCAUUCCCUGAUCCAGAUGAACACUCUGGACACUGCUGGCAGCAACUGCCCUCUGAUCAAGAUGAACACUCUGGACACUGUUGGCAGGAACCAUCCUUUGAUCAAGCGCAGCCAAUGGGUGCGCAAACAGGGAUUGCAGGACAUGACGCGUUGGAGGACUCCAUUGACGAGUUUGCUCCAAUGGAAUGGAGCGAAAUCCCUGACACGAGAAGAGAAUUCGAUGGACCAAGAACAUCGCCUCGAUGUUCCUUGAGCCUGAGCGGUGAUGAUUGCAGAACAGCCAUGGAAGAUGAGCCAGGAGACUUGUCCCCAUUGUUUAUGUUCAAUGCUGCUGGUUCAGACCAUAGUGAUGGCCAUAUCAUAGAUGGAAGCGACGUGGUAGACCUGGUUACCCCAACCACGGUAGGCCGGCUGCGGAGAAGAGGCUGUGUCGACAGCAUCUGCCCAAAGAUCAUUGAUCUGACAUCAUCACCUGUUGUCAUUCAGUUGUAGCGCCGUGCUGCAUUUCAUUGUGCCUGUUGUCAUUCAUUUGUAGCGCCGUGCUGCGUUCCAUUGUGCUGAAUGUAUCGUGUAAUAGUUAUUCUUGUAUCAUCAUGUGAUGAAUAAGUUAAGAGUGUACGAUACAUAAGACAUAAGAGAAAGGACAUUCUUUUAUGAGACUUACAAAAGAAUGUUUUACUCAGCUAGACAUAUGAAUGGAAGUAUCUGGCAUAUGUAUAAAUUUCUUGAAAGGAAUUGGACCUAAUAAACCCAGUAAAAUAGAUUAGGGA